UUUUCGGGAAUGCGAUUACAUCAAAAUGGCUAUAUACGGUGUGAUCAAAACAAAACAACAAAUAUAUUGACGUCGACAAGUUUGGAAACAGCUGACAGCGCUGAUUGUUGCGCGAAAAGCCGACAGUGACUACAUUUUCGGGGAAAUUAAAAAAUGUCUUUACAUUUCGUUCAAGUCAUGGAUAAAAUUUAUCUAUGGUUCAAGUUCUUCUCAUAUACAUACACAUAAUAUGUGCAUCAACUAAUUGUGCUAUCCAUAAAAAAAUCCAAUAAGAUUUUUUUUCAAUUUAAAUUGAAUAUAAAAAAAUUAGUCUUCAUAAAAUUUACAAAACAAUUCUUUAAAAUUAAAAAAUAACUAUUAAGAAUAUAGCGACAUAUAAGAGAAUGUCCUAUUGGCACUUCUCUUAAAGUGUGUAAAUCACGGUAACCCUAUUUGUUGCUUUUGUUUCUCUGUUGUGGAUUUGUAUUUUUACCCGGCGCUCCGAAUUCGCAUAAAAUUGCACUUCGCAAUGGCAACCGAGCCAGAACCGUCAACUUCCAAAAAAAUUAGUGAAAUACGCCAAGCUUUGAUAAUUGUAAAAUGGGGCGGCAAAGAAUACCCAAUUACAGAUUUAACCGAUCAGGAUACUGUGGCUGUGCUGCGCCAUGAAAUCUUUAAACUCACACAGGUGCGACCGGAGCGGCAAAAAUUGAUAAAUCUUAAGUAUAAAGGAGGCAAUGUAGCGCCUGAUGAUACCAAAAUUUGUGAACUGGAGUUGAAACCCAACUUCAAACUAAUGAUGGUAGGCUCGACUGAGGCUGCUAUAGAAAUUGCAUGUCAACUGCCAGAUGAUAUUGCCGAGGUGAUAGAUGAUUUUGAUGUAGCCGAAGAAGAGGACUUGGUAGAGAAAUCACCCGUUUACUUGGCGAAAGUACAACGACGCGUUAGAGAAUAUAAAAUUAAUGAGUUAAACCCGCCAAGGGAAGGGAAACGUUUGCUGGUACUUGAUAUUGAUUACACCUUAUUCGACCAUCGGUCUCCCGCCGAAAAUGCGUCGGAGUUAAUGCGACCAUAUUUACAUGAAUUUCUGGAAUCUAGUUACCAAAAUUAUGAUAUUGUUAUUUGGUCGGCAACUGGUAUGCGGUGGAUUGGGGAAAAAAUGAAAUUGCUGGGUGUAAGCAAUAAUCCUAAUUACAAAAUAAUGUUCUACUUGGACUCUACUGCCAUGAUUUCGGUAUAUACGAUUGAACGUGGUGUCGUAGAUGUGAAACCGCUCGGUUUAAUUUGGGGCCAAUAUCCGCAAUAUAGUGCCAAAAAUACCAUUAUGUUCGAUGAUAUACAACGUAACUUUCUAAUGAAUCCGCGUUCGGGUUUACGUGUACGACCCUUCCGCCAGGCACACAUAAGUCGACAUACUGACAAAGAGCUUGUAAAGCUUUCGAAGUACCUGCGCGAUAUUGCAAAUGAUUGCGACGACUUUACUAAACUGAAUCAUCGCAGAUGGCAGCAUUACGAUCAUCGUAAACACCGAUAAUAGAAGGCAAAAGAAAAUAAGAACAGCAGCCAGGUUUUUUUGAAAAUCCUAAUGUAGGUUACUACAGAAAAUGGAUGUUUGAUUGAUGCUAAGCUCUUCAGCUCAGCACAGCUAAGCAUUAUUUAUAAUAAAAUUUCCGGCGUAUUUAAACAUCAGCUUAGCAACGAAGUUUUCACUUUUCAUUUACUCA